AUGUCUGCUGUCCCAAAACUCUUCCAGCCCAUACGCGUCGGCGCGUCCAACCUGAAGCACCGCGUAGUCAUGGCGCCCAUGACGCGCAACCGCGCUACAGAUGCGCACGUUCCCACGCCGCUUAUGGCGGAGUACUACGGCCAGCGCGCGUCUACGCCUGGCACGCUGCUUAUUACCGAGGCGACGUUUAUUGCGGAUAAGGCUACGGGACAGCGGAGGGCGCCGGGGAUCUGGAGUGAGGAGCAGAUCGAGGGUUGGAAGAAGAUCACCGACGCCGUGCAUGAGAAGGGCUCGUCUAUCUACCUCCAGCUGUGGGCUCUUGGACGCGCGGCAUACCCCGAGAUCCUCGCGGAGAAGAACCUCGAGUACGUCGCUGCAGACGCGAUAGGCCUUCCGGACCGCAAAGCUGUUCCGCGCGCUCUCACGAAGGACGAGAUCAAGGAAUACGUCGAGCUCUUUGGUGCUGCCGCUCAUAAUGCUAUCAAGGCGGGGUGCGACGGUGUCGAGAUUCACGGCGCCAACGGCUACCUCCUUGACCAGUUCUUGCAGGACGUGUCGAACCAGCGCCAGGACAACUACGGUGGCUCAAUCGAGAACCGCAUACGCUUCACCGACGAAGUCGUCGACUCCGUCGUCAGCACCGUCGGUGCCGAACGGAGUGCCAUAAGACUUAGCCCAUGGUCUACCUACCAAGAGAUGGGCAUGGCCAACCCAAUCCCAACAUUCGAAGCCCUCGUCAAGCGCCUCGACACCAAACACCCCUCCCUCUCCUACAUCCACGUCGUAGACCCCAUGGGCCCGCCCGCCGCCAACCAAUCCACGAUCGAGCGCUCAAACGACUUUAUCGGCAACAUACGUCUCCCGCGCCCGGUCAUAUUCAACGCCGGGUACGAGAGGGAGACGGCGAUGAAGAAGACCGAGGAGCAGGAGGGCGCGCUGGUGGCGUUUGGGCGGCAUUUCAUCGCGAAUCCGGACUUGGUGGGAAAGUUGGAGAGGGGAGGGGAGUUGAGGCAGCCGGACUUUGAGAAGCUGUAUUUUGGGCCGGAGGGGCAGCCGGAGAGGGGGUAUACGGAUUAUUGA